AUGAAGGCCCACAUAGAACAACGGCUACUAACGUCGAGAAUUGGACUUCGUUUUCUUAGUCAACAAGCGAACGCUAAGAAAUACUCCAAUUCGCUUUGUUUACCAAAAACAAAUUUCCCCAUUCGCAGUAACGAACGUGAAAAUGAGCAGAAAUAUACGAAAGAGAUAACCGAUGAUUUAUAUACAUGGCAGCAAAAGAGCAUACCGCUUUCAAAGUCUUUCAUACUUUUAGACGGACCUCCUUAUGCGAAUGGAAGGUUACAUAUUGGUCAUGCGUUGAAUAAAAUUUUAAAAGAUAUGGUGAAUAGAUGGAAACUUUUAAAUGGCCAUCAAAUUAGAUACGUUCCCGGAUGGGAUUGUCAUGGGCUUCCUAUCGAACUGAAAGCGGUGCAACAAAAUGUACAACAAGGGUCCCCAUCACAAAUAAGACAAACGGCCAAGGAGUUUGCAGAAAAUGCCAUGGAUGAUCAGAUGAAUCUCUUUCGACGUUUAGGCGUUAUGGCAGACUGGUCAUCCAGAUAUACAACCAUGAGCCAUGAGUAUCAAAUUGCAGAAUUACAAGUGUUUCGGACGUUAGUAGAGAAGGGAAUGAUUUUUCGUCAAUUUAAACCUGUAUACUGGAGUCCAUCCAGUCGUUCUGCCCUUGCUGAAUCCGAAAUUGAAUACAAUGAUAAUCACGUUAGUUCCUCGCUUUACUUCUCAUUCCCAGUGAAUAGUUUUACUAACAAUGGGAAACACUAUGAUAAUGUCAAAGCUUUGGUUUGGACAACUACUCCGUGGACUAUACCUUCCAAUUUGGCACUUGCCUUUCAUCCAGAUGUGGAAUAUGGAAUCUUUUCCAAUGGUGAACAGAAGUACAUUGCAGCAAAGAAUUUGGUGCCUUCAUUCCAAUUUUUAGAAGAUUUUGAAGAAGUUGGGACCUGCACCUAUGAAAGUAUUCGAUCACUAACAUAUCAAAAUCCCUUGAUUCCCGAAAAAGUGUUUCCAUUUCUACCUGCUGAAUAUGUUUCGGAUACCACUGGUACUGGCAUCGUACAUGUCGCUCCUGGACAUGGAAUUGAUGAUUAUUUACUAGGUUUAGAACAUUCUCUGUCCCCCUUUUCUCCCGUUGACGACAAUGGCGCAUACACAAAAGAUGCUCUCGAUGGAUCCCUAGAUGGUUUAAAUGUAUUGAAUGAAGGAGGGAAAAAAGUCCUUGAGCUUAUGGAAGCUAACGGUAUGGUAGUUCAGCUUACUCCUUAUAAACAUCGUUAUCCAUAUGACUGGCGAAAUAGAAAGCCUCUAAUAUUGAGAGCGACUGCUCAGUGGUUUAUUACUUUGAAGUCGGUUAAGGAUAAAGCAAUUGAAGCUCUUCAAUCUGUUAAAAUGAUUCCUGUAAAUGGAAUGUCACGCCUUUGCGGGUUUUUAAAUAGUCGGCCUGAAUGGUGUAUUUCAAGACAGCGUUCUUGGGGUCUUCCAAUUCCUGUACUUUAUGAGAAAUUAUCUGGAAAACCAUUACUUACACCAACGAGCAUUUCUUAUAUUAUAGGCAAGAUGGAAGUAAAAGGGGUUGACGCCUGGUUCAACGAUAAUGACGAUACUAAUUGGACUCCUCCAGAAUAUAGAAAUAAAGAAUACGUUCGUGGAAAAGAAACCCUUGAUGUUUGGUUUGAUUCUGGAAGUGGUUUUACUACAGUACCGUUUCGUAAAGAUAAACCUCUUGUAGACUUGUGUCUUGAGGGUAGUGAUCAACAUAGAGGUUGGUUUCAAUCUCUCAUUUUGAUUUAUCUUGCAGUUACCGACUUGAAAAACUCGCCAUUUAUGACCUUAUUUACUCACGGGUUUGUUUUUGAUGAAAAAGGGAUGAAACAAUCCAAAUCCUUGGGGAAUGUCACCGAUCCGGAAGACAUUUUGGAUGGAAAUAAUAUUACCUCAAAAAAGCAACUAUACGGCAUUGACCUGUUGAGACUAUGGGUUGGCAGCUGCGAUAGCACUAACGAUAUAAAUCUCGGUCCCAACUUAUUAAAUCAAGUCGGAGAAUCAUUGAAAAAAUGGAGACUAACUUGCCGAUUUUGCUUGGGAAAUCUGUACGAUUUUUCUUUGACGGACGGAGUGGCUUAUAAUCAACUUCACCGUAUCGAUCAAGUGGCUGUUGCAAAAACAGUAGAAUUUCAAAAUGAAGUCCAGGAUAAUUAUGAAUCCCUUGCUUUUAAUAAGGUUGUUCAAAGUAUUUUACAAUACAUGAAUAGCUUUCUUUCUUCCACAUAUUUUGAUUCAAUCAAAGAUCGAUUGUACUCAGAUGACCCAAACAGCCUUUCUAGGCGAAGUGCUCAAACUACACUUUACAAAAUUUUGCUAACAAUUAUUUGGUCAUUUUCGCCUAUCGUGCCGCUGUUGUCCCAAGAGGUGUGGAGGAGUUUUCCUAAAGCUUUACAGCCUUCCUAUUCUACGCCUUUUCAUGCUGGUGCUGAAUUUCUGCUUCAGGAUAUCCAGGCCUUAGUAAAGCAAGAAAGAGGUUUGUUGAUGGAAGAGUAUCAAUUAUUGCAAAAAAUUAAGUAUUCCUUUAACCUAUUACUACAAGAAGCAAGAAGUCAACACGGCAUUCGAAGCCCUCUAGAAACAGAGGCUGUCUUAGGGAUUGAAAACGAAGGAUUGCAGAACGUUCUUAAGAAAUACGGGAAUGAUCUAUCACUAAUUUUAGGUGCCUCUAAUGUUCAUGUGCAUACGUCGGAUACUACUGAUGAGUCAAAGAUGUCUUCAUCGUGGGCUCUACAGAAUAAUGCGCAGUCUAAUUUUGGAAAAUUACAAAUUAAGAUGAAACCUGUACAAUUGACUAAAUGCUUGAGAUGUUGGAUGCAUACUGUCUCAGAAGGAGAAAUAUGCCAACGUUGCAACGGCGUCCUAUCCCCUUAA